CUCCCUGUUGCAACUUGUAAUAAACCAAAUAGAUUUUUGAUUGACUAUCUGCAACUGCUUUUCUCCUUUGUUCAAUUUAUUUUACAUCACCCCUCCCUCCUUUCAGGCGAACCUGAAUCUCAGUGAGAGAGUGAGAGAGUGAGAGAGGAAGGCCAUCCUGUCUGUAUCCCCAGGCUGAGCACUCACACGCAGAGGGAUGACGAGGCUAGGCUGGGUUCGAGGGCUGGCCCCGUUGUUGGCCAUGGCUGCUGGAAUACUCUACAUCACAUCCAUUAAGCGGGAGGUUCAUUCUCAUGGGGAGAGACUGCAGGGGGCCCAUCAGAAUGAAUCGGCCAGGGGCCAAUACAUUCUCGAGAGGCUGGAGAAGAUGGAGGCUCACAUCGAGAAGCUGUUGAAUACAAUCAACGACGGGAGCAGUCUGAAAGACGGGCAGGCUGUGAAGGCUCCCGAGGUCAAGAAGGAGAGGAAGGUGGUAAAGAAGGUGUACCCCAACUCAGCUCUGUUCACAAGCUGGGGUGGUGAGCUCUCAGAGGAGGAGCAGAAAGAGGCAGAGGGGCUGUUUCAGAUGUAUGGAUACAACGCCUUCCUGAGUGACAGACUACCCCUGAACAGGGAAAUCCCUGAUACUCGCGAUCCUAAGUGUGCUAAGCACCAGUAUCCCCAUGACCUGCCCACCAUCAGCGUGGUGUUGAUCUACUUGGACGAGGCCCUGUCAAUCAUCAAGAGAGCCGUCCGCAGCAUCAUAGACAAGACCCCCCGACACCUGCUUAAAGACAUUAUACUGGUGGAUGACCACAGCUCCAAUGAGGAUCUAAAGGAGAAGUUGGAUGCAUACAUCAGCUUCAUCCAUGAAGAGCGUCCCGGCCUGGUGAAGAGAGUGAGACACUCAGAGCAGCUCGGUCUCACACAGGCCCGCCUCUCAGGGUGGAGGGAAGCUACAGGAGAUGUGGUGGCCAUCUUGGAUGCCCACAUAGAGGUCCAUGUCGAAUGGGCGGAGCCUCUGUUAGCUCGGAUAAAGGAGGACCGCACGUUGGUGUUGACACCGGUGUUUGACAAAGUCCAUUUCGAUGACUUGACAGUCACACGUUAUGGGCCUGCUGCAGAUGCCUUUGACUGGGCCCUGUGGUGUAUGUAUGAGUCCUUCAGACCUGAGUGGUAUGCCUUGAAAGACGAGUCACAGCCAGGAAAGAGCCCCUCCAUUAUGGGCAUACUAGUGGUUGAUCGCCUGUUCUUUGGGGAAAUUGGUGCUCUGGAUGGUGGUAUGAAGAUCUAUGGAGGGGAAAAUGUUGAACUGGGUAUCCGGGUGUGGCUAUGUGGUGGAAGUGUCGAGGUCAUACCUUGUUCUAAAAUAGCCCACAUCGAGAGGGCCCAUAAACCCUAUCUCCCCGACCUGAGCAUUACAAUGAAGAGGAAUGCUCUGAGAGUGGCUGAGGUCUGGAUGGAUGACUACAAACAGAAUGUCAACAUUGCCUGGAACAUCCCACUGAAGGAUCACGGCAUAGACAUUGGGGAUGUUUCAGAGAGGAAGAAGUUGAGAAAGAGGCUGAACUGCAAACCCUUCCAGUGGUAUCUGGAUAACGUGUAUCCCAUGUUAGACCCCCUGGGUGACUUACUUGGUUAUGGAGCUCUGGUCAAUGACCAGAAGACGGAUCUCUGUAUAGAUCAAGGCCCAGUUCCGGGGAACACACCUAUUUUAUAUGGAUGCCAUUAUUUUGGUCCACAGAACUGUUAUUAUCGAGCCAGUGGGGAGAUCUACAUUGGAGGCAUCAAGUCUCACAAGUACAACAGUAAUCGCUGUCUGGUGGACACCGGCACUCAAACCCCAGGGCUGUAUGAGUGCAAGGUGGCCCAGCAGAAGAGAUUCCACAUGCUCUGGGAAUUUCAACAGGGAAAAGCCAUCCAGAACAGACAGACAAAGAGAUGUCUGGAGAUUGCCCCAGGGGAGGACACCUACUACCAGCUCAUCCUUCAGGAGUGUAGUGGGCAGCACUGGAACAUACAGAAUCUGAUUAAAGACUUCUAAUACACUGAGAUAGUUAGGCCUACCAGAGACAAUACAAGUGGGAAGGUGGUAUUUACCACAUACGACUGGUAAAAGUCCACUUGAACGUCCCUCCAACUGGUAAUUACUAGUGGGAAACUAGUCUAUCAUCCCUGAGCUCCGACUUCUCCCACAUGCUGACCUCUGACAUCAUCUACUAAGGAAAUUACUUUUUUAACAGCAUUUUCAGCAGUUCAAUGCAUCAAAACAUUCUUUACAAAAAUCUAUCUAUAAAUAUGUUUUUGAACACUAUAAUUUAACAAACAUGAUAGCUGAACUCAUAGCUUAUGGUUGACGCAACUUGUUGGCCAUUAGCCAAUCGGCUUUUCUCAAAUAGUUCAAAGCACGUGAAUGCAUCCAACUAGUAUUUAUGAUCUCACAACUGGUAAUUACCACCUUCCCAUUUUGUUAUGAACACAUCACUAUCAUCAUUCUUUGAAAAUACUAUUAGUCAGCAGUGAGAUGACUGUGAUCUUAGUGAGCUGUUGGUUGUAUACAGUGGCGACGCGUCAUUCAGGGCAGGUGUUUUGUGCCCCCCCUGUUUAUCCAAAAAAUAUAACAUAUACAGUACCAGUCAAAGUGUCACGGCUUUUAUGAGUAGUGGGUCGAGAAGUCAGGCGCAGAGAGCAGGGUAGUUCACAAGAUGUGGAUUUUUAUUUUCCAAAAACCCAGAGAGACGGUCACGCCACACACACAAGGGCGCGUAAAGACCCAGUCCAAACAACAGGACGAAACUGACCGGAAAUAUAAAUACCACAAAAUAAUCACACACCAUAAACAGAAAAACAAGCCAGCUUUUGUGCGGGCCUACUGGGUUUAAAUAGUCCACAAUCAAAACCUAAACACAAAACAGGUGCAACUAAUCAGACACAACUAAAUGAAACAGAAAAGAGGAUCGGUGGCAGCUAGUAGGCCGGUGACGAAGACCGCCGAGUGCUGCCCGAAUAGGAAGAGGCACCAUCUUCGGCGGGAUUCGUGACACGAGGGUUGGACACACCUACUCUUUCAAGGGUUUUUCUUUAUUUGUAAUAUUUUCUACAUUGUAGAAUAAUAGUGAAGACAUCAAAACUAUGAAAUAACACAUGGAAUCGUUUAGUAAACAAAAAAGUGUUGGAACAAAUCAAAAUAUAUCUUAUAUUUGAGAUUCUUCAAAGUAGCCACCCUUUGCCUUGAUGACAGCUUUGCACACUCUUGGCAUUCUCUAAGAUAGAAAAUCAUUACAGGUGAAGCUAACAGUCUUGAAGGAGUUCCCACAUACGCUGAGCACUUGUUGGCUACUUUUCCGUCACUCUGCGGUCCAAAUCAUCCCAAACCAUCUCAAGGGGCGGCAGGGUAGCCUAGUGGUUUGAGUGUUGGACUAGUAACCGGAAGGUUGCAAGUUCAAACCCCCGAGCUGACAUGGUACAAAUCUGUCGUUCUGCCCCUGAACAGGCAGUUAACCCACUGUUCCUAGGCCGUCAUUGAAAAUAAGAGUUUGUUCUUAACUGACUUGCCUGGUUAAAUAAAGGUAAAAUAAAUAAAAUAAAAAAUUGGGUUGAGGUCAGGUCAUUGUGAAGGCUAGGUCAUCUGAUGCAGCCCUUCAUCACUCUCCUUGGUCAAAUAGCCCUUUCACAGCCUGGAGGUGUGUUGGGUCAUUGGUCCUGUUUAAAAAUAAAUGAAAGUCCCACCAAGUGCAAACCAGAUGGGAUGACGUAUCGCUGCAGAAUGCUAUGGUAGCCAUGCUGGUUAAGUGUGCCUUAAAUUCCAAAUAAAUCACAGACAGUGUCACAAGCAAAGCACCCCCCACCAUCACACCUCCUCCUCCAUGCUUCACAGUGGGAACUACACAUGCGGAGAUCAUCUGUUCACCUACUCUGCGUCUCACAAAGACACAAUGGUUGGAACCAAAAAUUUCUCAUUUGGACUCAUCAGACCAAAGCACAGAUUUCCACUGGUAUCCAUUGGUCAAAGCAAAUCUCUUCUUCUUAUUGGUGUCCUUUUUUGAUGGUUUUGUUGCAGCAGUUCGACCAUGAAGGUCCGAUUCACACAGUCUCCUCUGAACAGUUGAUGUUGUGUAGUGAAUUAUUUAUUUGGGCUGCAAUCUGUGGUGCAGUUAUGAACUUAUCCUCUGCAGCCGAGGUAACUCUGGGUCUUCCUUUCCUGUGGUGGUCCUCUUGAGAGCCAGUUUCAUCAUAGAGGUUGAUAGUUUUUGUGACUGCACUUGAAGAAACUUUCAAAGUUCUUGAAAUGGUCUGUAUUGACUGACCAUCAUGUCUUCAUGUAAUGAUGUCCUGUCAUUUCUCUUUGCUUAUUUGAGCUUGUCUUGCCAUAAUAUGGACUUGGUAUUUUAUUAAAUAGGGCUAUCUUCUGUAUACCACCCCUACCUUGUCACCACACAACUGAUUGGUUCAAACGCAUUAAGAAAUAAAUAAUUCCACAAAUGAACUUUUAACAAGGCACAUCUGUUAAUUGAAAUGCAUUCCAGGUUCCAGAAAUGCAUUCCAGACUACCUCAUGAAGCUGGUUGAGAGAAUACCAAGAGUGUGCAAAGCUGUCAUUAAGGCAAAGGGUGGCUACUUUGAAGAAUCUCAAAUAUAACAUAUAUUUGGAUUUGUUGAACACUUUUUUUGUUACUACAUGAUUCCAUAUGUGUUAUUUCAUAGUUUUGAUGUAUUCACUAUUCUACAAUGUAGAAAAUAGUAAAAAUAAAGAAAAACUAUUGAAUGAGUAGGAAUGUCCAAACUUGACUGGUACUGUAUAUAUAUAUUUUUGUGCCUGUUUUGCAUGUUAUUUUGGCAUAAAUACGUGUCACAUAUCAGUUGGCAAACAAUGUAAAAAAAUAUAUAUACAUGUAUAUUGAGUUAAUAAAGCUGCA